AUCUUCAGUAGAACAAUUCAAACAUGUCUACCUUCGCCUUCCUUCUCCUCUGCGUGCAGGCUUGCCUUAUCCACAAUGCGUACAGCGCAUGCCUUGGCACUGGCUACUAUGGCGCCGGUCUCGGCUACGGCUACGGCGGUCUCGGUUGUGGAGGAUGCGGUGUAGGCGGCAUUGGUUACGCCGGUUUGGGUUAUGAUGGCUUCGGUUACGGCGGACUUGGCUACGGCGGCCUUGGUUAUGGCGGUUGGGGCUAUGGUGUCGGUUACGACGGUGUUGGUGCUGGUUACGGUGGUGCCGGUGUUGGUAACGUAGCUGUGGCCGGCGAGCUGCCCGUGGCUGGUACCACCGCCGUCGCCGGUCAGGUGCCCAUCAUCGGCGCUGUCGGUUUCGCCGGUGACGCUCUCGCCGCUGGCACCGUCUCUAUCGCCGGACGUUGCGGUUGUGGCUGCGGAGGACCCUACGUCUACUGAUUAUAAUAGACGAAAAUUUCAUUCGUAAUACCACAAUGUAUUGACGAGCCAAUACAAUAAGAAAUGAAAAAAAAAAUGUAGUUUCCUUUAUAUUUUAUU